UUGAUUUGGCAAAAAUCAACAUUCGGCUCAGUCGUAGGAAAAUUGAGAUGGAACAAAUGUCGGGCUCGGAGAAAAUGGAAAAUAACGAAGAGAUGGCAGAUGGCGACUGCGUGCGUGAUUAUCGACUGCAGGAGGCCCUGUACAUCAAGAUGUACUCCCGCCUGGAGGUGCAGGAGUGGCUGCUAAAGGAUUCGGCACGGAACGCGGCCUACCGCUCGGCCAUUCGCUGCAACAAGGCGGCAUUCAGGAACAAGACGGUUCUGGACGUGGGCUGCGGCCUGGGCACGCUGUCGCUGUUCGCUGCCGAGGCGGGGGCACGCAGGGUGAUAGCCGUGGAUGCGGCUAGCAUUGCGGAAUACACCCGCCACAUAGUGCUGGACAAUUCAUACGCGGACGUCAUCACGGUGAUCAGAGGAAAGGUGGAGGACAUAGAGCUUCCCGAGGGCAUUGAGCAGGUCGACAUUAUACUCUGCGACUGGAUGGGCUACUGCCUGUUCUCGGAGAACAUGCUGGAAUCGCUGAUAUUUGCCCGGGACAAGUGGCUGGCACCUGGGGGACUAAUCUUCCCGGACUCCGCACAGCUGUACCUGGGCGCCAUCACGGGUCAGAAGGGUGAGGCCGGCCAGGACCUCGACCAGUGGAACGAUUUGUACGACAUCAACAUGGGGGCCAUCCGUCGCAGCUGCGAGAGCACGGCCGUGGUGCAGCACGUCGAUGCACGCCAGCUGAUGAGCAAGGUCGUCUUGCUGAAGGCGCUGGACCUGUACACCGCCCCCCACCACUCCUGCUUCACGCGCACCCACUACGAGCUGAAAGUCACGCGCAGCGGACAGGUGCGCGCCCUCUUCGCCUUCUUCGAUGUUUGUUUCGGGCAGUCGCCAAAUCGCGUCUGCCUCAGCACGUCGCCGCAUGCCCCCUGGACCCACUGGAACCAGACCGUUUUCUACCUGAAGGCCCCACUGACCGUCGGCCCGGAGGAGGUCAUACGGGGAAUAUUCAGUCUGAAGCCGAGCCUGAAGAACAUUUACGGAUUGGAGUUUGACAUUAAUUUCGACCACAAAGGCAAGGAUAGCUGCACGAUGGGCAAGCAGUCCUUCUCCCUGGACUACUUCCUCCCACAAGGACUCUAGGAAGGAGAACCGCCCUCCAGCAGCAGCCCAAUAAAACAUGAAAGACCAGCAGCAAACCCACAUUGUGAGAGCAAUA